AUGGAUUAAUGCAAAACAUAUUCUCAUAUACGAGCGACAUCUUCUUGUAAGUCUAAACAUAAAAUUUCUAAUAAGUCUCGUGAUUUAAUCAAUCCUAGAAAGAGAUCUGUUACUUUCAAUAGUGAUGUUGAUUUAAUUAAGUCAAUAAGUUGUCAAGAAAACUUACUUGAUCUAAUAGGGAAAGUGCAGAAAUAGAAGCAAGACUAUCUUUUGUCUCUUUAAAACUCUUAAAUGUCUCUACUUCCACCUUUGAAACUUGAAGAGGAAGAUAAUAAGACGGCAAAAUAAUAAGUGAAAAAGUAGACUAAUAAAGAGUACUAUGAAUUUACCAUACCUAUGGAUCCGUAUAAAAAGCAGCUGUAUCAGAAAUUAAAUAUUUAUGGGAAAUUCAUUGAGCCAACACAAUACAAAAAAAUAGAUUAUUAGUAGAUUUAGACAUUUGAAUCAGCAAUUUCAUAAAUAUAAUUUUAGGAAUGCAAUAAGGACAAGAUAAACAAAUUACAAGAAUAAGAUACCUAAAAGCAAAUGGAUAAGUUAAUGUCAUAAGUUGAUGAAACUCAAAGAUUCAAUUAGCAAUAUUAUACAAACUACAACCAAGAUUAUGAUUUAUUUUAAGAACAGUAGAAAAUGAACAAGAUCAUAAGUGAAGCUCUAAAAUUUAAGCAGUAGAAAAGAGAACCUAUCAAUGCAUCAAAAAGUGUUAAGUAGAAGAGAACAUAAAUGAGGAAUUACCUUCAGAAUCAAUACUAGAAUGCGCUAAACUCUGUGAUGCAGGGGAUCAAUGUGAAUACAGAAGAGGAUAACCUAUUUAUAAGAAAGAAAUAUUAAAAAAAAAUUAAGCUAAAUACUUCCUUUAAUAAUUCCAGAAUUACUUCCCAAUAUACCAAGAAAGCAAUUUCUUCUUAAAUUAUACAUCCUGAUAGAUAAGAGUUUGUUAAUAAGACUCUGGAGAUCUAUGACAAAUGCAAUACUUAUCUUCAUUGA